AUGUAUCCUGUUAGCCCCCAGAAGACCAGAUUUCUCAAAGAUGUUGCUGCACACUGUGAUGUGACAUGCAUGCCAACGUUCCAGUUCUACAAGAAUAGAAAGAAGGUGCAGGAGUUCUCUGGGGCCAAUAAAGAGAAGCUGGAAGAGACCAUUAAAAGUCUAAUCUGA